AUGAAGCCAGCCACAACGACUCUCCUGGCCAUCCGGCCCACGACGAGCCUCAUCGCGCCGAUUUCAUUACGAUGCGCAUUUCGGAAUCGAUCAUACGCAACUCAGGGAGGUCAAGGUGCGAGUGAAGCCCUGGGUUCCAAAAGACGAAGCGUUACGCCGUUCAACGACGACGGUUACGUACCGUGGAGCGAGCUAUCCGCAGGAGAAAAGACUGCGCGUGCCACACAACAAACUUUCAACUUUGGCUUCGUACUGGUUGGCCUGGCGCUUACGGGCGCGGUGGGCUAUUUUCUGUGGACAGAUGUGUUUGCGCCAGACAGCAAAAUCAGUCAAUUCAACAGAGCCGUCGACAAAAUCAAGAAAGACCCCCGAUGCGUUGAAGUGUUAGGAGAUGCAAAGAAGAUCAUUGCUCAUGGUGAAGAGACUGCCAACAAGUGGAGGAGAGCAAGACCCGUCGCAUCAUCGGAGCGUGUUGACCAACAGGGGAAUGAGCACCUCUUGAUGCACUUUCAUGUCGAUGGCCCGAAUCAAAACGGCGUGGCACAGCUUCACAUGGUCAGGCGACGCGGCGAGUCAGACUUCGAAUACAAGUAUUUGUUCCUUGACGUCAAGGGUCACGAACGAAUUUAUCUCGAGAACGCGGACUCGGCGUCGAGCUCAGGAAAGAAGCACCUGAGCUUUUUUGGGGUGAAGUGGUGA